GACUGACAACUUUACAUUACAUAAUUGCGGAGGUUGAUCCGGUCACUUACCUAAAUGUUUUUAUAGAAAAAAAAAUGUUAUUAAUAAAAAAUUAUAUUGGUUCAAGUCGAGCAUAGGAGUUUGCUAUUGCUUGAUUUCUUGAUGAGGGAAGAAGUCAGAUGGUCCUUACCUUCCAAGUGAAUCGACUACCAAAGAGACACAGCAUAACAUAUCUCAUUAUACAAAGAUACUUUUCUUUUAACCCAUGUUGUCGUAAUCAUAAUAGCACAGAACAAAAAAAAAAUAGAAAGAAGAACUUAAACUGUAAUAUAGCUCGUUUAAUCAAUUCGGUUUUCGGAAAAGUUUAUUUUACGAUGCGCGCCCACUUGUGACUGUCCACGAAAAUCAUUAAUGCUCUUGACAAAGACAAAUAUGUAUGCGCUGUUUUUAUUGAUCCACAAAAGUCAUUCGAUCACACCAUUUUACCUAAAAAACUAUUUCACUGUAAAGUCUGUGGACCCGUGGAUCCGUCUACCUCCAUCAUCUUUGCAACACUUAGAAAGAUAACUUGCGGGCUUACUUAAGCUUUUAGGUUUUGUUCUUAAUCGUCUACAAUUUGUACAAAUGGCUGAAUAAAUUCUAUUUAGAUUGCUUUUUUUAACCACCAAGGUGGCCCUUACACUAUUAAGAAUAUGUUUGCUGUUACAUUAAAUUAUUAGGAAUCUUAUGACAAUAAUGUAUUUUCAAGUCACAAUUUGCCAUAAUUAUUUUUUGUAAUGUAACUUUUUGUAAUAUUUUUUAUCAAUGGAAAAAAAAUUCUUCUCUCUUUUCUCUUAUCCUCUGUUUAUAUUUCUAGUUACACUAUCAAUACACUCUCUUUUUGUGCAGAUUUUAUAAAGUUUCAUGGCUCAUGGCUUUUUGGCGUCAGCGUUUCGCUAUUAAAUUGAAUUACGCAACCAUGUUGUGAAGACGGCACCAUUUUGAUGACGUUGCAUUUAAACUGACGUCAAAUUUGUUGUCAUAGACAAAAAAAUCAUUUAUAGUUUGCUUGUGAAACUUUCACGAUGGGUAAACGUAAGACGAAGAAGAAUCAAUAUAAAAACAAAUCAAAUAAACAAGUUAUCAACAACCAGCUUGUAAAAAACGAGUCUGUUGUUGAUGUUAAACAAAGUAGUGAGGUAGACGUUACCGUUUUUGAAGAGAAUGCAACAAUCGUCGCAGAUGAAGAAAAACUUAACAUUGCGUCCAAUCAAAAAAUGGAAAACGAUAUUGGUAUCAGUGUUAUGACGCGACAACUAAAUUGUAACACGGCGAUUAUUUUAUCAUUAAAAAAUGAUAUGGUAAAGCAAGCUAGUGAAAUUGAAGCCAAAGAUGCAACCAUAGCUGCAAUGAAAGCUGAUCAGCAAAGAUUGAAUUCAAUUCAUGAUGCGAUUUCGGAACAAAAUCGAAUUCUUGAGAAUGAGCUAUGUGAUGCAAAACUGGGAAACAAGUUUGUUAAUGAAAAGUUACUUAAGAUGAAUCAACAAAAUGCGUAUCUACAUGCAACUGUUGAAAAAUAUAAGAAGAAAGUUGAAGCGGCGGAAACACGUAGUAAAUCUUUAGCAGUGCAACUCUUGGAGUCAACACAAAAAGUAAAAGCUUAUGAAGAUGAACGUGCACACCUGUUGAAUGAGAUAGCACACCUUAAGAAAAAGAAUGAGAUGCAGCUUCAAGAAGUUGGUGGUUUAAAAUCAACAAUGUCAAAAUACGAACACAACAUCAAGGAGAAGAAUCAAGAAUUGACAUAUAUGAAGAAAAGGGAGGAACAAAUCGUUGAAGAGAAUAAAAGCACCGUUGCUAAACUGCUCGUUGAACAUGCUAUAGAAAUGUCUCUUUUGCAGUUACAGCUUGAGCAAGAGCGUUGCAGGAAAGAGGAUGAGAUUUCGAAUUUAUCGAAAGAAUUAAUCUGUAAGGAAACACAGAUAGCCAAGCUUCAAGAACAACAUUGCGAACUGGAAGCUAAUUUAAAAUCUUUAAAAGAAAGAUUUAUCGAAUCAAAUACGUCCACGCAGGACAUAAUUGAACAUUUUAUGAGUGACAUUAAAAACAAAUACUCAACAAGAUGUUUUUAUCGACCAAGAAUCAAAUGUUCGACAGUGAGAUCUCGUCUACAGCUAAUAAUGAACAAGGUGGAUGACGAGAUCUCAAUAAUUCAUUAAGAGAAAACUUUCAAAACAUUUUCUAUUUUUUACUAUUUUUCAUUUAUAUUUUCAUUAUCAAAAAAUUGUGUUUAUUACUUGCCGUAGA